UGACACAAUAUCUACCGGAUAGUUUUUAUAGAGCAAAGCACCGUUCCUAGGAAUGAAAAGAUGGCGAAACCCUAAACCGGUCCUCCCCUCUCGCUGAUACUCACAGAGUGCUCGUUCUGUGAUUUUCUUACGAUUGGCAAAUGGCUUCUCUUGCAUUUUCUUCUGGACAUCUCGCAGCUGCCAACAAAUUUCGAUAUGCUAUCCCUGCGAGAAAUGCCUUAGUUAAAUGCAGUUUGAAAUUUGAAGGAAACGGGAAGCAUGGUGUACAACAAACCCUCACAACCAACCAAAACCAACAAACUUUCCCUAAACUCUUCAUUCCAUACGAAUUCCAAAGAGACCCAAUCAAAAAAGAAGAAACCCGACUUCGCGUCUUUUCAGGAACUGCAAAUCCCGCACUUUCUGAAGAAAUUGCAGCCUACAUGGGUCUAGACCUAGGAGACAUCAAAAUAACACGGUUUGCAGACGGCGAAAUAUACGUUCAGUUACGCGAAAGUGUCCGAGGAUGCGACGUGUUUCUUGUUCAACCAACUUGUCCCCCUGCAAAUGAAAAUCUUAUGGAGCUUUUAGUCAUGAUUGAUGCAUGUCGCAGGGCAUCUGCAAAAACUGUUACAGCUGUCAUCCCGUAUUUUGGAUACGCAAGAGCUGAUCGUAAGACUCAAGGGCGGGAGUCAAUCGCAGCUAAACUUGUUGCGAAUCUUAUAACAGAAGCUGGGGCUGACCGUGUUCUUGCUUGUGAUCUUCAUUCUGGUCAAUCUAUAGGCUAUUUUGAUAUUCCAGUUGACCAUGUACAUGGUCAGCCGGUGAUACUUGAUUACCUUGCCAGCAAGAGCAUUUGUGCUGAUGAUUUGGUGGUGGUCUCCCCGGAUGUUGGUGGGGUCGCUAGAGCUCGAGCUUUUGCUAAAAAGUUAUCCGAUGCGCCGUUAGCAAUUGUUGAUAAACGGCGUCAUGGGCACAAUGUGGCAGAGGUAAUGAAUUUGAUUGGUGAUGUAAAGGGCAAAGUAGCAGUUAUGGUGGAUGACAUGAUCGACACUGCUGGUACAAUCUCCAAAGGAGCAGCAUUGUUACGUGACGAAGGUGCGAGGGAAGUUUACGCAUGUUGUACACAUGCACUUUUAAGUCCGCCUGCUGUUGAAAGAUUAUCGAGUGGUCUUUUUCAAGAGGUGAUUAUUACAGAUACGAUUCCGGUGUCUGAGAAAAACUCAUUCCCGCAAUUGACUAUUUUAUCCGUAGCAAAUCUACUUGGAGAAGCAAUCUGGCGUGUUCACGAUGACUAUGCUGGCUCUUUCGAACACUUUUCUAGUCUGGGUAUCGACUGAUAUCAGACGACUUGUGUUGUUUUGUUGUGUAAAUUUAAUAAUUUAUUUGCGGAAUUUAACUCAAAAAGUUGGUUUUUAAAACUUUGCAAUUUUAGUUUUCCGCUGAUGUGACUGAUUUUUGAUGAAUUAACCCAGUAAAGAAAGCUUGCUAUUGCUAUUGCUA